AUUGUGAAAGUUCAAGAUAACAACGAACACAGUCUGCGAACAAAAUACAGGCUACUGCACUGGCGGACAGUGUCAUGCGACGCUUACAUAAGCACACCCUCGAAGCCUGCCCUGAAUGCAGCCACACGGGCUCUGAACUAUACAGUCUUUUCCCAGGCUCGCAUUCAUCGCCAACAACAAUGCAGAUCUUCGUCAAGACCCUUACGGGGAAGACGAUCACCCUAGAGGUGGAGUCUUCCGACACCAUCGACAAUGUGAAGGCCAAGAUUCAAGACAAGGAGGGUAUUCCCCCUGACCAACAACGACUCAUCUUCGCCGGCAAGCAGCUCGAGGAUGGCCGCACGCUUUCCGACUAUAACAUCCAGAAGGAGUCCACUCUUCACUUGGUCCUCCGUCUCCGUGGAGGCAUCAUUGAGCCCUCGCUGAAGGUGCUCGCCUCAAAAUACAACUGCGACAAGCAAAUCUGCCGUAAAUGCUACGCUCGUCUCCCACCCCGUGCCACCAACUGCAGGAAGCGUGGAUGCGGCCACUCUUCGCAGCUCCGCCCUAAGAAGAAGCUGAAGUAGUGGUUGUGCGAGCAUUUCGCGUUGUGUUGGAGGACCAUGUUUGCAUGCUUAUAGAGGAGACUCGGGGGAGGGUCUAUCUCAUGUAUUCCAUAUUGACAUGCACGUUAUGACAUGCACUUCUGCUCUCCCGUUUCCCCCGACUCUGAGUUAUCAGCUUGUACAGUGCAGUACCCAGUGGUUACAGUUCCGUACAGUCAGACGUCCUACCACUGCCCUCCAGAUGGGCAUAAAAGACUGACAGCAUU